UUAUUUCCAAACCUGGGUCACAUCAGUUAUUGAUUUUUUAAUAAUUAUUGGUUGCUAGUGACUACACAGUAUCCACAAACUUACGUAACACGUUGAGCCUUCGUCAAACCGCGUUAGGGAUGGAUUUCCUGAUUGAUAAAGAGUUUACAUGAUCGACAAUUAACUAAUUGUAAUUAUGGCUCAAAAGUCAUUCCUUGUUAAAGUCAACAUACAUAUUAAAAAGGUAUCAUGUCCGGGUGUUUGGUUGUGUACGAACGGAAAUGUGUCUUUGCAAAUGUGCAUGUUCAAUUCGUACGUUCAAACGGAUAUUCUCCGUCCGGUUUUUCCCAUAAAAAUCAAUCAACACUUUACCUUUCACAAAGACUUCGAUAAAGGGAGAUUAAACGACCUCCAAAACAGACUAAGCAAAGAAUGGUUCUAUGUCGAGUUCAUUCAGUGGCAAACUCCCGACGACGGAUGUGUAUUGGCUACUUUUCGAACGACUCUGGAUGAACUGCUUUAUCCCACUUCUAAAUUUGGACAGUACGGCGGUGUUGAUAUGGAAUUAUUGAUGGAUACGACCAAACUGUUCCCAGGGACGUUAUCUCCAAAACUGUUGAUCAAAACGAAAACAACAAUAGAAGAGACGAUGUUUACUUUGCCUCGAAGCGAACCAGUCACCAAAAUUGUACUCUCUUCGCAAUUAUCAAAGAGAAACAGUCACACUAGAAGAGUGUGUCACUCGCUUAUGUACAACAAAGCUCAAAAGUGUUGGACAGAUUUAGGUGAUACGACCAAAUGUAAGUGUGACAAUAUCGACGACCUCAGACGUACUUCUUGGAAACCUGCUUUUGAAACAACUACAAAUGGUCAUUUAAAUUCUAGUUUAGGUCAAGUCUUUCGACAAAAUACGGUUACUUCCGAGGAUUCACAUAAACCUAACAAAGUUCAUCACCAAUUGUAUUGUCCUACCUGUCAUGAAUACAAAGAUCACUUUUCAUCCCAAUACAAAGAGGCCGGACCAUGCGGGUGUUGUGAAAGCAAUGUUAAUGAUGAGAGAAGACUUGUAGUGGAUGUGAAUUUAGAAUCAGCACGAGCCUUGGGAAGAAGACUCCACGAUCGUCUCACAGAAUGUCUUUGUACGAAUGCCAACGCCCUCAGGUCAGCGUGUAAUAGAUUCGUAGAUUUUGAUUGACUAAAUAUACGGAUUGGAAUA